CGGGCUCCGCCUCCGCACCGGAGGGGACCGAAGUAAACGUCGCCGAUCUUGUUGCUUCCCGUCCCGCCCGAGCUCCCCGCCCGAGCUCUUUUCUCCCGGGCGGUCAUGGCGGGCAGCCUGCGGCAAUUCGCGUUCGUGGGCACGGCGGUUGCCGUCACCGGUGGGGUCGCCUAUGCUCUUUGGCGCAAUUACCUCUCCCCCCAAGAGCCUCCGGGACGCGACGAUCAGCAGUCUCGGCUCCGGGUGCAAGAAGAAGGCACAGGGCCGCCGGCGGGACAGGAUAUACCAUCCAACAAGCAAAUCUUGGUUCUAGGCUUAGAUGGGGCAGGAAAAACCAGUGUUCUCUAUUCACUAGCAACUAACCACGUAAAGCGCAACACAGUUCCCACCAAAGGUUUCAAUGCAGUGUGCGUCAACACAGAAGAAACAAAGAUGGAAUUCCUAGAAAUUGGGGGCAGUGAGUCUUUAAGAGAGUAUUGGAAGAUGUAUAUGCCGAGAGUCCUGCUGCUGAUCUAUGUUGUAGACUCAGCAGAUCACGAACGCUUCCCAGUUGCAAAAACACUUCUUCAUCAGUUGGUCCAGAAUAAUUCUACGUUGCCAGUAAUGAUUCUAGCCAAUAAGCAGGAUCUUGCAGACGCAUAUUGUAUCACAGACAUUCAUGAUGCUUUGGCUUUAUCUGAAAUUGGAGACGAAAGGAAGAUAUUUCUGAUUGGUACACAUGUGGCAAAGGAGGGCUUAGAGAUCUCUUCCGGCUUGAAAGAUACCCGGGAACUGAUUACACAGCUGGUGUCAGAAAUUGUGUGAUAAUGAGACGGAAUGGAAUGCCAUAAUAGGACAUGGAAUGGCAACUAUGAGUAGCUCUCUUCUAAUCUUGAUGGCAGUCAGACCCCAGAUACAGAAUUGCUAGGAAAAUGGUUUUGAAAUGGAAAGAAAUGUUUUGUUUAGAAGUGCUUUAGCAGAAAAGAAGACAGUAUGCUCUGAGAGCCCAACAUUUCUACAUGAAAUAUGUAUUUCUCCGAAACAUUUCUUUUUCUAGGUUGUUUCACAUGUGAUCACUCCUUCAAUUUAAAUGCAUAUUUCUGUGUCAGCUUUCCUUUAAAAAAAUACUAUUGUGUAGCAUUUCAGAGGAGGCCAAAGUUGCUAACCUGGCUAAAUACUUAUUAUCUCUAAUAUACAGGGCAUAGAGAAAAAAUUAUAACCUAAGAGUGUUUUAGGGACUAGAGAUUUCAUGUUCAAAUAACUCUGGAGGUUAUAAAUUAUUUUCUUACUUGAGAAAAUUUAAUGGAAAACAUAUAUAGAAGUAUACCUAUUCAUGAUCUUUCCUUGGGACACUCCAGGGGAGAAUAAUUAAGCAGAACUACUCCACAGUUCUUUUAGUAUUAUCUCAGUUUUGUUUAUUAACAAUGCUGAAUUCAAUUCUGGAAUUAAAAAAAAGUAGGAUAUAGUAGUGAUACUUUGGACUUUGGUGUUUGAGGAGCCCUUUUCGAAAUACGAUUAGACAAGAAAACAAAUUUACAGAUUACAGAAAAAACCUAGAUCCCUCACUUGAGGCAAAAAUAACCAAGUUCAAAUUAUAUUUUAAACUUAAGAUGGACCAUUGAGAAAUCUAUAAUUCUGGGAAACUGGCAGGAAAGAUGAUGGACUUGAUUACAGAAGUGGUGGGGCACCACUGAAAGGUCUAAAUUUUAGGGACAGAAAACAUCCUGGAGAAAGUCUAGGAGAUAUAAACAUCUUAAUCUCCACUACCAGUAAACUCCAUGCUCGCAUUUCAUCAGCUUUAGCAUGUGUUCAAUUACCAUCUUUAAAAUUUGGUUCUACCAAUUUCUUCACUAAUGUUUAUUUACUAUUUAAUCCCUCAAAGUCGUAUUUCUAAAAUCAAGAGAAAUGAGACCUUCAAAACUGGCUUUUCAGUCAAAUAACCAAAUUCCAAGGCCAGUAUUAAUAAUAGUAGGAUAUUAUUAGAUUAUUAUUAGAUAGGAGGACCCAAUAAUGUGGCUGUGUUCCAGCAUUUUAACAUCUCAGACUUCUGCCUAAUCGGGUUGGUUCAUUGGAAAUCUAAAGAUAAAAAACAUUGAUAUGGCAAAUGAGUGAGAAUUGAUAUGAGAAUGAAUAGGGUGGUGUUUGCUUCAAUUGGUAAAAUUUACCCUGAAGAUCUUCAGUAGAUCUACUCCAGGUGAUAGGGUACACUCACCUUUUUGUGCUCCAGAGGAACUUCUAUUGUAGAGUUCAUGCUGAUUUCUGAAAAUUCAGUCCCUGUUUAAAUUUUAGUAUUAACUUCCACCUUGACAGUAAUCACUUAUCAUUAAUAGACUCCUUUUCCUUGAGUCUACAGAAUAGGACAGCUGCCUCUCAACCUUGCCCCCAUCUGUUUUGUCCCUCAUCUGAUAGAUACCAUCCAAUACAGUCUAGUACAGUGUUCCUCAAAGUGUGAUCCUUUCAGGAGUCUGCAAAAUGAAAAAUAUGUGCCAGCUUAUGUUGAAAAACAAUACAUUAUUAAAAUGCCAUCAAAUGAAA